AUGGGAGCUGCCCAGGGGAAGAAGAAGGAAUACUCUCCCCAGGCUGUAUUUCAUAAUGAAAAUGAGAAGCAGAGACUAAAUGGCUCAGCCUCCAUGUACUCGGAGAUCCAGAGGGAGCGGGCCGACAUCGGAGGCCUGAUGGCCCGACCAGAAUACAGGGAGUGGAACCCAGAGCUCAUCAAGCCCAAGAAGCUGCUGAACCCCGUGAAGGCCUCCCGGAGCCACCAGGAGAUGCACCGCGAGCUGCUCAUGAACCACAGGAGGGGCCUGGGUGUGGACAGCAAGCCGGAGCUGCAGCGUGUCCUGGAGCACCGUCGGCGGAACCAGCUCAUCAAGAAGAAGAAGGAGGAGCUGGAGGCCAAGCGGCUGCAGUGCCCCUUCGAGCAGGAGCUGCUGAGACGGCAGCAGAGGUUGAACCAGCUGGAGAAACCCCCAGAAAAGGAAGAGGACCAUGCCCCUGAGUUUAUUAAAGUCAGGGAAAACCUGCGGAGAAUCACCACUUUAACCAGUGGAGAGAGGGCGCUGUAG